AUUGAGGCGCAAGAUAACGGGCAUUUGACAGCACAACAAACUCUGUCAAGUUUACGUGCAUUAUUUUAAUCGUCCAGUGACGUAUUCCACAACGUAGUUAGCCUACUUGAAGAGAUUUUACUUGAAAGGUUUGUUAUUACAGAUUAAUAUUAAAAUGCGUCUGUGGGUUCUAUGCGUGUGUGUUAUUCUGGUGCCUUUGCUGUGCGAUGCGCGUAUCUCGAAGCGUUAUGUGAUCGGCUGUCCGGAGCGCUGCGAUAAGAGUCUGUGUCCGCCCAUACCGGCCGACUGUAUGGCCGGAGACAUCCUGGACCAGUGCGACUGCUGCCCAGUGUGCGCGUCCGGCGAGGGUGAGCCCUGCGGCGGUACAGGGAAACUGGGAGACCCGGAGUGUGGAGAGGGUUUGGAGUGCGAUGUGUCCGAGGGGGUCGGACAAACGACCACCGUGAGGAGGAGAGGAAAGACCGGCGUAUGCGUGUGUAAGAGCCCUGAUCCCGUUUGCGGCAGCGAUGGGGUGUCCUACAGGAACAUCUGCGAACUCAAGACAGUCAGUAACCGGGCGCUGAAACUCCAGCAGCCGCCCAUCAUCUUCAUCCAGAGAGGAGCCUGCGGAAAAGGCCACGAGGACAAUCCAGAUAGUCUCCGGCACAAAUAUAACUUCAUCGCUGAUGUGGUGGAGAAGAUCGCUCCAGCUGUGGUUCACAUUGAGCUGUUCCGCAAAAUGGUGUUCUCCAAGCGGGAAGUGGCGGUGGCCAGCGGCUCUGGUUUCGUGGUGUCUGAAGAUGGUCUGAUUGUAACCAAUGCUCACGUGGUAGCCAACAAACAUCGGGUGAAGGUCGAGCUGAAGACUGGCGCCACCUAUGAUGCCAAAAUCAAAGACGUGGAUGAGAAAGCAGAUAUUGCCCUCAUCAAGAUAGAUGCUCCGAUGAAACUUCCAGUGCUGUUGUUGGGCAGAUCAGCUGAUCUGAGACCAGGCGAGUUUGUGGUUGCUAUUGGCAGUCCGUUUUCCCUUCAGAACACAGUGACCACAGGCAUCGUCAGCACCACCCAGAGAGGCGGCAAAGAGCUGGGUCUGCGUAACUCUGACAUGGACUACAUUCAGACAGAUGCCAUCAUAAAUUAUGGUAAUUCAGGAGGGCCCCUGGUGAACCUGGAUGGUGAAGUGAUAGGAAUCAACACGCUGAAGGUGACAGCAGGAAUAUCCUUCGCCAUUCCUUCUGACAAGAUCCGACAGUUCUUGGCUGAGUCUCAUGACAGACAGGCUAAAGGAAAAACAGCCACAAAAAAGAAGUAUAUCGGUGUGAGAAUGAUGACAUUAACCCCAACACUUGCUAAGGAGCUAAAGGAGAGGCAGAAUGAUUUCCCAGAUGUCACCUCUGGAGCAUACGUCAUUGAAGUUAUCCCGAAAACACCAGCUGAAGUUGGGGGUCUGAAGGAAAGUGAUGUCAUAAUCAGCAUUAACGGGCAGAGGAUCACGUCAGCCAGUGACGUCAGCACGGCCAUCAAGAGAGACGAGAGUCUGAGAGCGGUGGUACGACGCGGCAAUGAAGACAUCAUCCUCACAAUCGUUCCAGAGGAGAUUGACCCUUGACCUCCCUCAUGCUCGCCCAUGAGCUGGUUCUCAGACUUUUACUGAGUGUGUGUCUGGAGCCACACUCUUUCUAGAAAUCAUAGUGAACACUUUCAAACCCCACCAAUCAUCCAAUCUUGUUCUCAGCUUAGACCAGGAAAUGUCCUUUCUCACUUUUUCCCAUAUAUGAAGUCAUUUUCUGUUUAUUCAUCAAUAUACAAUGAUAGAAUGAGCCUUUUGUAGAUAGAUUUGAAAAUUUAGUGCUGGGUAGUUCACUGACAAUCUGAAAUGUAUAUAAUUUCUCUGUUCCAAAACCUAGUAAGCUGCCAGAUUUUGUGCUGAGCAGGAUGAUUCCAUUCAAUAUGGCUGAUGAAUCAAGUAAAUGUCAAUUAUAAAUAACCUUGUUUUAUUCAUUACUGAAAAGUACCUACUAAAAUAAUUCAGUGUAAUUAAAAAUAACUGUUUUACCCAAUAUUUGCUUGUGGAAUGUAUUUUUAUGCUUAGCCUAAUGGCACACAUACAUUAUGGAGACGUCUUUUUUAUGUGUGCAUUUUCAUCUGGUUUAAUCUGCAAUGCGUAUCUAAAACGCUUCCUGUCAGAUGUUAAAGGGAUAGUUCACCCAAAAAUGAAAGAAAGCAUCUUUAAAAUCGUCAUGAAAUGGUUGAGAUGGUAUUUUCUUCCAUAUUGUGGUGUAUAUCCAAGUCAAAUGGCUUCUCGAACAAGAAAAUGUAGGUUGGGACUUGAUUUUGUCCACUGAGAAUUGAUUGGAUUGUUGGAUUGAUGGUUUGCUAUUGCUGUGAUCUCGUGAUUGACAAGUUGUCCCAUGCUCGCACUGAAAAACACGUCAUCAGAAGAGAAGAGAUGACGCUGCAAGUGGGAGGGGAAGUUAUUUUGAUUAAAUAUUACAAGGGCACAUGAAUUUAAAUAAUAAUAAUAAUAAAGACAUCUUGGAGAUGUGUGUGUGCUAUCUGGGUAGAGUAUUAUGCUGUUAGCUUAGCAAUAUGCUAACAGCUAACUACUGAAAUCAGUUGUGAGCCUCCCAUGAGGAGCACUUGUAUUGCGUGCAGAGUUGCUGCCUAUAUGUGUUCUGAUUCGGAGGUUACAUGGCAGUUAUAAUACUACCUUAGAAGGCAGCUGCCUACAGUAUAUAGUAAGUUAUGCCUAUAUAGAAGAGGCAGCUCACUAGGUUUUGGAACAGACAUUGUAUUUCGUCCUUAUGUAUACAUCAGCAAGGCAUCAUGAAAUUUUGUUGUCUGUAUUCAGCUUUCUUCAUUUUUAUAUUUACACUAAACUCUCACACUUGACAAUAUUUGAAAAAGAAUUGUGGGCCAUUAGAGGAUGACUAUUAUCUUUGAAUACCUUCUCUUCUUUAAAUGUUCAUGUGUCUGUGUUUGUCAGACGGCAAUUUCAGAAACGAAAUUAAAGAAGGUUAAUGUUUUUAAA